UACUGAAGUUGUGUGAAUCUCUCUUCUUCCUGCUGCCUGUUUCUGCGUUCAGGUGGAUCUGAGUUAUUUUCGGCUGCUGCUCGGUGGGAUGCUGUCCUCUCUCUCCCGGAGCUCCGCCUCGGAUGCUGCUGCCGCUGCUGCUUGUUUAUCUGAUUACAGCCUUACAGGAGCUGCUUUCUCCUUAAAGCGACACCCGUUUAAUUAAUCAGCCUGAACCAGCAGCAGCAGCAGUAGGACCAGUAGGAAGAGGAGGAGGAGGAAGAGACCGACGCGGAGGACGCAGAUGAAGAGCAGCGUCCAUCUUCUCGCUGCCUCCCUGAUCUCGGCGCCUUGGAGGAGGAUUAUGAAUCCGAUCUGAGCCGCCAUGGAUGCGGGGAAACUCUCCAGCUUCUCCUCGGAUUUCCACCCUGCAGGAGGAGUGGGCCGUGAACGCGUCACGCAUUCAGAUAGUCGGUGAAGCUGCGGAGUGUCCAGCGCGGCCUCUGUGAGGUAACACCGCACCCUGAACCCUUCCUCCCUCCACCCCCACAUGGACCUCUGACAAACGCCUUUAGCUCCGCCGCAGACGCGGUGCGCAGAUGCGGCGCGCGGAUGCGACGCGCCUGGUUGUCCGCGCUGCGCGCCGCGCUGCGGCCGCUCGCUGAGGCUCUGGUCCGGGACGGCGGCUGUCCGCGGCGCGGCAGGAUGGUGCGCGUCGCCAGCGCGCUGGGGCUCAUCAUCUUCAGCGUGGCGCUGCUCAUCCUGUCGCUCAUCAGCUACGUGUCCAUCAAGAAGGACUUCCUGCCCGGAUCCCCGCGGUACGGACCCAACGGAGGCCCCAGGAUGUACAUGUUCCACGCGGGGUUCCGCGAGAGGCCGCCUCGUAAACCCGACCUGAGCUCCCAGCUGGCCAUGAAGUACCUGGAUCCAGACUUCGUUCCUCUGUCCAACGCUCUGACCGAGGAUCUGCAGAACGCCUCUAAAUGGAGGUACAACAGCACAGCUUUCACACAGCUGAGGAUGGAGAUUUCUCAACACAUCGACAUCCCCCGUAACUUCACGUUGACCCGGGACUCCGUCAAAGUCGGCCAGCUGAUGCACUUUGACUAUUCCAGCCACAAGUAUGUCUACUCCAUCGGCGAGAACUUCCGGUCGCUGCUGCCGGACGUUUCUCCCAUCCUCAACAUGCGCUACAACGUCUGCGCCGUCAUCGGGAACAGCGGCAUCCUCACCGGCUCGCGCUGCGGGGCCCAGAUAGAAAAAUACGACUUUGUCCUCCGAUGCAACUUCGCGCCAACGGAGAUUUUUAAGAAGGACGUUGGGCGUCGGACCAACAUGACGACCUUUAACCCCAGCAUCCUGGAGAAAUACUACAACAAUCUGCUGACUGUGCAGGACAGGAACAACUUUUUCCUGAGCCUGAAGAAGCUGGACCGAGCCAUCCUGUGGAUCCCAGCGUUUUUCUUCCACACUUCAGCCACGGUGACCAGGACGCUGGUGGACUUCUUUGUGGAACAUCGAGGCCAGCUGAAGGUCCAGUUGGCCUGGCCCGGAAACAUCAUGCAGCACAUCAACAACUACUGGAAAACCAAGCAGUUGUCUCCGAAGCGCCUGAGCACGGGGAUCCUGAUGUACACGCUGGCGUCCUCCAUGUGCGACCAGAUCCACCUGUACGGGUUCUGGCCCUUCGGCUGGGACCCCAACACCGGGAAGGAGCUGCCCUACCAUUACUACGACAAGAAGGGCACCAAGUUCACCACCAAGUGGCAGGAGUCGCACCAGCUGCCGGCCGAGUUCAAGCUGCUCUACAAGAUGCACACCGAGGGUCUGCUGAAGCUCAGCCUGUCGCACUGCGCUUAGCGGCUGGAUUCAGGCCGCUAGCCAGCACAGCUAACGCCCAAACUACGGCUAAACUACAGCAAGGACCGGAGCUGGAGUCAUUCAGAGUGAAAGCAGGAUCAGGGCUGUAAGACAUAAGUCACCUGAGUGAAGCCGGCCCCCAAACCUGCUGCAAAGCUAACAAAAUUAGCGUCAAACUUUUGUGCUGCGUUUGUGCAGCUAGCAUUUUAAAAACAUAAAUUAAAACCGUUUCAGAAGCUAACCGUCCUUCUAUGUACAAAUUGGUGUCAAACCUUUGUGCUGCAGAAAUUUUCAUUUGUGCCGCUUUUUCUUUAAAGACGUUAAUAAAAGUUCAAAGUUCACAGGGUCGGCCGGCUCAAACACUUUAUUUUUUUUGUGCUGCUUUUGCUUGGAAAUUAGUAAUAAAGUUUUAAACACAUGAUCCAAAUCAACCGAAAUUGGUGUCAAAUGUUUGUGCUACGUUUGUGCCACAAAGAUUUUUAUUUGUGCUGCUGUCGUUUUAAAGACAUCGAUAAAAAUGUUUCCAGAGGUCAGUCAAAAAAAAUUGGUCUCCAUUAACUCUGCUGUGUUUGUGCUGCAAAAUUUUAUUUGUGCUGCUUUUGUUCGAAGACCUUCAUGAAAGUUUAAAGGUCAAAAGUUCAACCGUUGACAUUGAAUCUGUAAAUGGGAUUGAGGGAAGUUUUAUUAUUUACAUGUUUAAAGUGAUCGCAGCACAAAUGACAAUCUUUGCUGCACAAACGCUUCACACCAAUGUUGUAUUUGGGUAAUGUGGCUGACCUUCUGACCUUUGAACUUUCCUUAAUAUAUUCAAAGCCAUAGCAACAGUAUUGACAUUUUCUGCAACACAAACGCAGCAGAGUUGAUUGAUACCAAUGUUUGAUUUUGUAAACGGUUUGGAGCUGGUUGACCUUUGAUGACCUCUGGAAGCAUUUAUUAAUAUCUAUGAGAUGACAGCAGCACAAAAGCAAAUUUCUGCUGCACAAACGCAGCGCAAAUUGUUACCAAAUUGUUAGAUUUGAAGAAGGUGGGCUGCCAUCUUCACUCAGGUGAGAAAAUGGCUGCAGCUCCUGGGAAGAAUCUGAUCUGCAAACGGCAACAAUCCGAUUCGCUGAAGCUUUUGUUCCUAACGUUUACAACCAAACAUUAAUCAAACUGUUUUCUGUUUUCUCUUGGUUUUAUUUGCCAUAUUUAAAAAACUGAAAGUACAUUUCCAACCUUUGACCAUCUCGAUAUUAUUUUGAGAUGUGCAGAAAACAUUCGUGGAAUCAGUUUUCAUCCAAACUGGAGCGGACAUCAUUAAAACGAUGAGGCAGAUAUCAAAUACCGAAAUCAUUAAACUGGAAGCAGGCGUGGAGUUAAAAUGGGAAACAAAGCAACUUAAUACCAGAAGCGUUACUGUAAAGAUAAAAU